AUGAGUGGCAUGUGCCCCGUUUUGCUUGAAGAAACGUGUCGUGUUAUAAUUAACGACAUAGUUGUAGUGCUAUCAAAGAUUUUUAGAAUGUCUCAAGAAGACAAUAUGCCUCAAGAUGUUAUUAAGCAGAUCGUUGGUGGAAUAAUAAAAAAGAUAGUAAGUUUCUCAAAUAAUGUUUCUGAUGUGUUAAGUGAGUACGCUGAAUAUCCUGAUGUCUGCGAAGAUAUCACUGUAUCUCAAAAAGAACUUAAAGACCUCAUUCAAAAUUUUAAUGAGUCUCUUGUAACAUUAUCCACUGAACAAAUAUCUGAAGGAAUUUCUCAUUUGAUAUUUUGGGCACGAGCAAGUGGAGUUAAAGUAGCAAACGCGUGUUGGGUGGUGGUGAAUGCGUUUUUUGAAAAGUUGAGUAGUGACAAGGGAUUGUAUGAGACAUCGACUCAAAUGGUCAUUGGUGCUGAGAAAAACAAUUUUUCCAAAUUCCAAAAGUUAGUUUCAGAGUAUGCAACAAAUGUUUUAAAAGUGACCAGCGACAUAAAAAAUUUGAUGAAAAACAAGAUUAUUAAAAUGUAUGAGACUGAGGUGACCAAGACUGUUUUUCUAAUAGAGAACAACGCUUAUGACAUUUUCAAUGCAAACCAAGCAGUUAAAAUCAGUGAUUUUAAUUUAGACGAAUUCAAAGCAAAAAGUGUUGAAAUCUCACAACAAGUUGCCAAAGUGGAUGAGUGGAUUGAUAUCGCAUUUUUGGAGAAUAAACAGAUGUAUAGUAUAUAUACCACAGAAUACUUCUCUGACGCGCAAUUUUCUAUUAAUUUUAAAAAUAAUUUUGCUACAGCAUUUAAGAGCGCAGUGACUGACGUGGAGGAGAUGAGGAAGGACGUCCAGACGCGAAAUAACAAAGACUUUCUCACCCGAGGAACAUCAGUCAUUCACUUAAUAAAAGCAGCGACUCAGAUGUUAAUGAAGGAGUAUUCCAGUAAUGAAGAAUACAACAAAAGAAUUUUUGCAGAGCGGACUUCCGAGUUAUUGGCGAACGCAAUUAACACAUCGAAGCCUACAUUUUCAAAUCCAAAUGAUGAAGAAGGAAAGACCGUCGCAUGUCUUGCACUGAACGAAUUGCAAUUACAAUUCAAAGUAAUUAUAAAGAAGUGCGAAUACACCACCUCUGACAAUGACCAAUUGAGUUCAAAGAAUACAGUCGCUGGCGAUAAGGUGAAGGAGAUCACUAAAAUCCGGUCGCACACUGAAGACCGACUGAAUGAAGAAAGGUACGUCUGUCUAUUAACAGACAUGGCAAGUGUAAUGGUACAACUAAAGAGUUUGUACAUCGACAACCAAAUGCUGGACGUAUCUAAAAUAGCAAAAGAGAUACUUAGAACGAUCAACGCAGUUUUAGAGAAUUUCGGUGAGAAUGAGAAUGAAAACAUUUAUAAGCAAUUUGUCAUGUUACAACAGAUGUACGUCGCUGCAAUUAAAGAAGCAAAUUUGUCGAUUAAAGAUCCAAAGAACGAAACACAGCAAAAAGUCACUGUCGCGAAGCUGGAAGAGACUUUGGAGUUCAUCAGAAACUUGCAGAGCUCCAUCGAAAAGUUUGUUAAAGAAACUAAAGAGGCAAAAAUACAGAAAGAACAACAAAAAGUGUUUUCACCACCAAAAAAGAGAAAGCAGAAGACCCACAUCAAAAGUGAAGACGGUGAUGAUGAAAACAGUGACGCGCCAAUUAAAAAUAACGAAGUUGAACCGCCAAAGACUCUAGAAAAGUCACAAGACCAAAAACAAGAAGAAAAACACCAAGAAAAUCAAAUUCAAAAAGAAGUUCAAAUAGAAAAGAGUUCUGCAAAUGACAAAAAGUCGAAUGAAAAAUUGAAGCUCCAAAAAGAAGAGGAGAAACCAACUGAGAGUAAACGAGUGACACCACCCUCUUUGUCUGUCCCACAAUUUCGUGAAAUCUCAUUCCAAUUCGACUUCUUUGGAGUCAAAAAGAUGGUGAAAGCAGUCCCAAAUACAAACGGGAGUAAGCCACAAACACGAAUUAAGCUUGUGGAGCUUCCUGUGAUGAAAAUACAGUGGGACGACAUUAUACCCUUUUCAGUCACAAUGAUACACAUUGAAGACAAAGAAAUGGUGAUAGGGACUGCAGAGGGGGUUGUCAUGUUCCUUGAUGUAACGAGUGGAAUGGUCGUCCGUCCAUUAUUAUUAGUCGAAGGAGCACUCUCGAGUAUUUUUUAUUCUUCUGACUAUCUUUAUAUCGUUCUAAGUACUUUUCUUCUUGAAAUUUAUAAGAAUGGCGAAUUACUGAAGAAGGUCGAUUUCUCAAAAAUAAUGAAACAACUCAAAGGGAGAGAAGUGAAGGGGGUUCGCUUAGUUAAAGAAGGAUUUUGUAUCAAUUUUGACUUUGAGGUCGACGUCUUAUAUUUCAAUGGGAAGUGGGUUGUGAGCAGGUCAGUGACUUGGGAAAUUAAUGAGUACGACGCAAAGGAGAAAACACUGACUGAAUGUGAAAUUUCAUUGGCUUCUAUUUCUCUCGACUUUGAGGAAACUCGAUUCCAGCCGUUAGCAAAAAAGUACCUCGAGUUGCUGAAGAUCUUCGACGACAAAAAUCGAGGCAAAAAGUUCAUGACACUGCUUGAGAGUUUACCAAGUAAAAAGGUCGUUGAAGACUCGAAGAAGGAAGUGAAGAAGUGGAUGAAAUUGUGA